AUAUAUAUAUAUAUAUAUUAGUAAGGGGAAAAGAAAAAUUGUUAGGCAGCCAUGGCAGAUGAGAAUUCUGAGAAUUCAAGGUUUAAUUUAUUACCAGAGGGAUGCAUAGCAAACAUCAUCUCCUUCACUUCCCCUAAAGACGCAUGCACGGCGGCGGCCGUUUCUGUUGGGCUCAAAUCCGCCGCCGAGUCCGACACCGUUUGGGAGCGGUUUCUGCCGCCGGAUUACGUCGAGAUCGUUUCUGGGUCGAGUUCCCCGGUGGCGGCGUAUUCCACCAAAAAAGAACUCUUUUUCUCGCUUUGCGACUCUCCUCUGCUUGUUGAUGGGGGCAAACUGAGUUUGAGAUUGGAUAAAUCCACCGGAAAGAAGUGUUAUAUGUUGUGCUCAAGACAAUUCCAAAUAGCAUGGGGAGACAAUCUUAUGUACUGGACAUGGUCAUCUUUACCAGAUUCAAGAUUUGCUGAGGUGGCUGAACUACAAAGUGUCUUUUGGCUCGGAAUGCGCGCAAUAUUUCAAGCAGAAUUGCUAUCGCCAAACACAAACUACGCAGCGUAUUUAGUCUUUAAACUCAUGGAGGACCACGAAGGGCUCGAUUGUCCCUCAAAGGCAUCGAUUAAGUUCGUAAGAGAAAAAAAUGGAUCCGUGAUUGAAAAGGUGGACAAGACAAUAAGCAAUGUUUACAUAGUCCCGCGUGUAAUGGGGCGAAGAAGAAGAAUAAGAAGAACAAGGGGAGGCUUGCCCGGAACGACUCCCAAUGAUCGAGUUUCGCGUGUUAGAAGCGACGGUUGGCUUGAAAUUGAGUUGGGAGAUUUUUUUAUUUGUGAAGGAGAUAAAUUUGAUAUCCAAAUUGAUGUUUCGGAAACCAAACAUCUUAAUUGGAAAAGGGGUCUCAUUAUCGAAGGGAUCGAGUUACGACCGAAAGAAGUAUCUUGAGCAUUUGGAGAUCUAGUUUAAUAAUGAGCAUCUAUAUAUAUAUAUGCAAAAGUUUCUUUGUUCUUAAAUUUGAAGAAAAUUACAUUUGUA